AUACGGAUCGAAAAUAGAAAAUACGCCGUGAUAACAAAUCCGAUGAGGCAGAUACUAGAAACAUCGAAAUGGCAAGAUACGCUGUUAAAGUUAAUCGAGAGUAGGAAGGAAUGCGCGAGGACGCAGCUAACGCGAGGUAACGAUAGCAAUAGAAUAGAAGAAUAUAAAAAUAUUGUUCAUGUGGUAACAAAUUGGUGGAUAUCGAUGGUAGAAAUACUCGAAACUAACGAUUGCUCGGAGCAGUAUACAAAGGUGUUGCUGGUAGAGAGAGAGUGUAGCAUGAAUUGUUCGUGGAUUAUAAUUAAUGUCCGUUUUGAUGGUCAUGAAAUGUUAAUUAUAGCGUCCACCGUCGAAAGAUCGGCGAAACUCCAUUUGUAUUGGAUCACGAGACAAAAAGAAAUCCUGGAAUGGCAAAAAUUUCGAACUUCUAAUCGCUGGCACCGGAAAUAUCUGCAAUUUGCAGUUUCGUCGGCUGCAUUAAUUUGCGUUAAUUCCGGGCAAACAAACAUCGAGGCAAACAUAUUAUCGAAAGCCACGCUGUGUAACAACUUUGCGAGUGUAUCGCGAGUCCGCAAACAGAUCGGUCGAUCGUUUAACGCGAUC